UCCAUUCACAUCACCUCACCACCACACCGCCGCAACAACCACCACCAGCAACACACACACACACAGAAGCGAAGAUGUCCGGCCGCGGCAAGGGAGGGAAGGGUCUCGGCAAGGGCGGCGCCAAGCGCCACCGGAAGGUGCUCCGCGACAACAUCCAGGGCAUCACCAAGCCGGCCAUCCGUCGUCUCGCUCGGAGGGGCGGCGUGAAGCGCAUCUCGGGGCUCAUCUACGAGGAGACCCGCGGAGUGCUCAAGAUCUUCCUGGAGAACGUCAUCCGCGACGCCGUCACCUACACCGAGCACGCCCGCCGCAAGACCGUCACCGCCAUGGACGUCGUCUACGCGCUCAAGCGCCAGGGGCGAACCCUCUACGGCUUCGGCGGCUAGGCCUGCGCCCGCUGCUCCAGUCUCCAUCGACUCUGACUCUGCUAGCUGCUGUUCUGGUGCUAUGCGUUUCGUUUCUGAAUGCGUGCGUGCGUGCGUUGCUGUUCCAUCGGUCUGUGUAGUUAGUGGAUGGCGAUGGAUCUGAAUGCAGUAAGUUCGUCAGAGUGCGUGUGUUGUUCUAUCGGUCUCUGUAGUCAGUUCCUCUGUGGAAGGCGAUGGAUAUGAAUGCAAUGGGAUUGUUGGUUCUUCUUA